UCCCAUCCCUCCCGAUUUCCGUUAGGAAACGUCGAAUUUCAUUCCCAAAUCCGAAACCGAACUCGCAUUUUGAUUAUCAAUCCUUUAGCUUCUUCUUUUUCAUUUGAUUCGUUGCAUCAGUGCUCUUGUUUCUUAAAUUUAUUUUCUCCCCUGCAGCCAGCUCCCGAAACGGAUUUUGGAUUGCAGCGAACAGAGAUGGCUGCAAAUGUAACGGAGAAGAACGGGCAAUUCAGCUUCGACAGCGGGAGGGGAACGGCGCGGAAUGGGCUGGCGAAGAUCCAGACGCACGAGAAGAAGGAUAGGGAGGUGUGUCACGACGACAGCGCGCAGCCGGUGAAAGCGCAGACGAUCGACGAGCUCCACUCGCUUCAGAGGAAGAAAUCGGCGCCCACCACUCCUAUCCAAGGCACCGCCACCAGCCAGGGACCGUUCGCCACCAUCUCCGAAGAGGAGCGCCGGAAACAGCAGCUCCAGUCCAUCAGUGCGUCGUUGGCGUCGCUGACGAGGGAGACGGGGCCGAAGGUGGUGAGGGGAGAUCCGGCGAGGAAGGCGGAGGGAGGGCAGAAGGUGGAUGACCACCACCACUUCCCCAGCAUCAGCGUCAGUGACAGUUCCCUCAAGUUCACCCACGUCCUCUACAACCUCUCCCCUGCUGAGCUUUACGAGCAAGCCAUCAAGUAUGAGAAAGGCUCCUUCAUCACAUCCACCGGUGCUCUGGCCACCCUCUCCGGAGCCAAGACUGGUCGAUCCCCCAGAGACAAACGCGUUGUCAAGGACGAUACCACAGACGACGAGCUCUGGUGGGGAAGGGGUUCCCCCAACAUUGAAAUGGACGAGCACACUUUCCUAGUGAACAGAGAAAGGGCAGUUGAUUACUUGAACUCGCUGGACAAGGUUUUUGUGAAUGAUCAGUUUCUGAACUGGGACCCAAAUCACCAAAUCAAAGUCCGGAUUGUAUCUGCAAGAGCUUACCAUUCUUUGUUCAUGCACAAUAUGUGUAUCCGACCCACUCCUGAAGAGCUGGAGGAUUUUGGUACUCCGGACUUCACAAUAUACAAUGCUGGGCAGUUCCCUUGUAACCGUUACACUCACUACAUGACUUCCUCAACUAGCAUAGACCUCAAUCUUGCUAGGAAGGAAAUGGUCAUCCUUGGCACACAGUACGCCGGGGAAAUGAAGAAAGGUCUUUUCAGCGUAAUGCAUUAUCUCAUGCCUAAGCGUCAAAUCCUCUCCCUGCACUCUGGCUGCAAUAUGGGAAAAGGUGGCGAUGUCGCCCUCUUCUUUGGAUUAUCAGGUACUGGGAAGACAACUUUGUCAACAGAUCAUAACAGGUAUUUAAUUGGAGAUGACGAACAUUGCUGGACUGAGAAUGGUGUGUCCAACAUUGAGGGCGGGUGCUAUGCCAAAUGCAUUGAUCUGUCAAGGGAGAAGGAGCCUGAUAUCUGGAAUGCCAUUAGGUUUGGGACAGUGUUAGAAAAUGUGGUGUUUGAUGAGCACACUCGAGAAGUGGAUUACGCAGACAAAUGUGUCACAGAGAACACUCGGGCAGCAUAUCAAAUUGAGUACAUUCCCAAUGCUAAGAUUCCAUGCGUGGGACCUCAUCCAAAGAAUGUCAUUCUUCUAGCAUGUGAUGCCUUUGGAGUGCUCCCACCUGUAAGCAAGCUGAGCUUGGCACAGACCAUGUUUCACUUCAUCAGCGGCUACACUGCUCUGGUGGCUGGGACAGAGGAAGGAGUGAAGGAACCACAGGCAACAUUUUCAGCCUGUUUUGGUGCAGCAUUCAUAAUGCUGCAUCCUACCAAGUAUGCAGCAAUGCUGGCUGAAAAGAUGAAAAAGCAUGGAGCUACAGGAUGGCUUGUGAACACUGGAUGGUCAGGGGGACGGUAUGGAUCAGGAAACCGCAUUAAGUUAGCAUACACCCGUAAAAUUAUUGAUGCUAUACACUCCGGCAAACUUUUGAAUGCAAACUACACCAAGACUGAAGUGUUUGGGCUUGAGAUCCCAACCGAGAUUGAGGGAGUGCCAUCGGAAAUCCUGGAUCCUAUUAAUACUUGGUCUGACAAGACGGCUUACAAGGACACACUCUUGAAGCUGGGGGGUCUGUUCAAGAAGAAUUUCGAGGGAUUCAUGAAUUACAAGAUCGGAAAGGACAACAAGCUCACAGAGGAGAUCGUUGCUGCUGGUCCUGUUUUCUAAUUGGAUACCAUGUGUUCGCUGCAGAGGUGGUGAGAUUGAAAGUAGAAAUAAUAGUGCAUGCAGAAAUCACUAUAUAUGCUUAAAGGAGGACAAAUAAGUUUGCUACAUUUGUGACUUGCUCCCCUGAGCCAACCCAGAACUUCAGUAUCGUGUUGGAGAGAAACGGGUGUCAUGGUUCUCUAUAUCCAAGGCUGCAUGCUGGUUAAAAAAAAAAAGUGAAAUUAUAUCAUAUAUGUAACUUUUUAUGGAGGGCAUUGCUCAGGGACAUGCCCUCAUUUUUUUUAUGAAAAAAAAAAAUGAAGUUAAACUUUGUGUUUAUGAAUGGAUUUGGAACCUUAUAUUUAAAUUUGAGCCAAUUUGGAAAACGAAUAUAUAUAUAUACAUGUGAAUUGAGUUUCAUCUGAA